CAUAGGUAAACACUAGCAAGAGAUUUUCUGACAGUUCGACCCAAUUUGUUUUCCAAACAAUUUAGUUUUUAAUUUAUCUUUUUAAUUAACCAGGACAACAAUUCACUUAUUUAAAUAUGCCUGGAUUCAUAACCUGUGGUCCCAAUGAAGCUCUUGUCGUAUCCGGUUGUUGCCAUUCUAGGCCUCUCAUGGUUGCUGGUGGCCGAGUCUUUGUUUGGCCCUUAAUUCAGCAGGUUCAAAAGCUUUCCCUGAAUACCAUGACAUUGACCAUUGAAAGUCCUCGUGUUUACACUCAACAAGGUGUUCCCAUUUCGGUGACUGGUGUUGCUCAGGUGAAAAUACAAGGACAAAAUCUUGACAUGUUACGAUCUGCAUGUGAACAAUUUAUGGGUCGAUCGGAACAGGAUAUAAUUAAUGUGGCUCGUGAAACUUUGGAGGGACAUCAAAGAGCCAUCAUGGCUUCUCUGACUGUUGAAGACAUUUAUAAGAAUCGUAAAAGGUUUUCGAAAAAAGUGUUCGAUGUUGCGUCUUCCGAUCUGAUCGACAUGGGAUUUACCAUUGUUUCUUAUACGAUAAAGGAUAUAAGUGAUGAAGAAGGUUAUCUUAAGGCAUUAGGAAUGGCUCGAACCGCUGAGGUGAAAAGAGAUGCUCGAAUCGGUGAAGCUGAAGCUCAGCGAGAUUCCCUGAUAAAAGAGGCUGAAGCGGAAGAGGAAAAAAUGGCUUCCAAAUACUUGAAUGAUACGGAAAUUGCCAAAGCCCAGAAAGAUUUUGAACUGAAAAAAGCAGCUUAUGAUAAUGAAGUUUUCACCAAAAAAGCGGAAUCUGAUUUGGCCUUUGACAUUCAAUCGGCAAAGACAAAGAAAUACAUCAAAGAAAAUCAAAUGGAGGUGUUGGUUGUUGAAAGAAAUUCAGAGAUUGAAAUACAGGAACAGGAAAUCAAACGCCGAGAAAAAGAGUUGGAAGCCAUUGUGAAAAAACCGGCCGAAGCUGAGGCAUAUAAAGUGGCUAAACUUGCCGAAGCUCAUAAACUCAAGUUAAUCGCCGAAGCUGAAGCUGAGGCUCAGGCGAUUAAAUUACGAGGUGAAGCGGAAGCAUUUGCGAUUGAGGCGAGAGCCAAAGCGGAAGCUGAACAAAUGGCAAAGAAAGCAAAUGCUUACAAGGAAUAUGAAAAUGCUGCUAAAAUCGAUAUGAUUCUAGAAACACUUCCUCGGGUGGCUGCCGAAAUCGCUGCUCCUUUGGCUCAGUGCAACAAAGUGACAAUGAUCGCUCAAGGAGAUGGACCGGUUGGUGCAAGUAAAUUAACUAAUGAAGUUCUCGAUAUGAUUAACAAAGUUCAUUCAACGGUCAAUGAAUUAGCCACAAUUGCGCCACAAAGAUCAACAACCUUGUCAUCUCGACCAACAGUUCCCGUCCGUUGAUUAACCAAAAAGCCAUAAACCAAAAAACGACGAAAUGAUUUCAUCCAACAUUUAGAAACAAACGAUACAAUCCAAGUCUUAAGGCCAAACAAUUGCUUUCAAUUUGCUAAAUUUUUAUACAAUUAAUUUGCCAAAUCAAUUUUACAUUCUAAUGAUAGAAAAAUAGUCAAGAUUGUUUUAAUAAUUUUACCAAUAAGCAAAUGCUUAAUAAAGUCAUUAGCCUUUUAAACCUUGA